AUGAUGCUCUUUCUUGCAUUCUUGCACAAGUACAGACUUUACUUGAAAAGGUUACGUACAGCUGCAAUGCAGCAAGCCAACAUUGCUUCUGCAUUGGGAGGAAGAGAAGCUGCUUAUAUGAGAUUGAAUAGACUGGAUGGGCCAGGAAAUUUUCAUGCACUGAUUGGAUCAGCUGGGAUCGCUACUACUUUUUUACCGUACACACCCCCAAGUCAAAACUUAAGCAAUCCCAGCAGUACUCCUGGGAAUUUGCAUGAAGCGGUCUCUCCAGCAAGUCAAAGUGCAACUGUGUUUCAAGGAGUUCCUUUUUUAAUGGGGUUUGAUCAGUUCCAACGGAACAAAAACGUUAAUCGUUUUGGGGACUUCAGUUCUUUGGAUGACUCAAGCAUACUUGGCGCUGCUGCUUCCUUUGCAGACACCAGGCCUUCAUCGAUUAACUCGAAUAACCCUUUGAUUGGUGCCUCAAAUAAUACUAAGGGUUUACAGUGGAGUUUCCCUCAACCACUGAAGGGGGGUGGUUUUGUCGAUCAAUCUUCACCAUGCUUGCAGCUAAGUGAGACUGAGAAGAAAACCAGAGCCGGUGAGCAGUGCAUCUUGGAACAGAUAAAGCCACAAGUUGGUUUCGCUCCCAAAAGCAGUGAUGCCUAUGAUGACCUUAGGACUCCAAUGAUCAAAGGGGUAAUGUCAAUUUCCAUUCUUUUGUUGUCUUGUUUCUGA